AUGUCUCACGAUCCUACGACAUCAGCAGUCGCAGUACCUUCUGAAGAACAGAAAAUUGAAAUGAUCACACAGGAUGCGCAACGCAAUUCUGCUUCAGUGCUAAAGCGCAAACCAGUCCCUGCCCCAGUUCCAGUCGCACCGACCACUGCACCCGAGCUCAACAACGCUGAAAUUACCACCGCCGAGCCACCAGCAUACUCUACCACCGCCUACUAUGCCAAAGAAAGUCGAUUUGGAAUCAAGCGCAGAUGGCCAUUUGCUGGUGUCGCCUCAUUCUCCGCGCAGAAGCGAUCGCGCAAACUUCUUAUUCUGGGAAUUAUAGCUGCCAUCGUACUGAUCGCAUUGAUCAUCGGACUCGCAGUUGGACUGACCGUUGGAAAAAAUAAACACUCGAAUCUGGCCCUGCCAACUGCUAACGGUGGCCCAUACUCUGGAGACCUGACCUACUAUGACCCCGGACUGGGAUCAUGUGGCAUUACGAGCUCCGAAUCCGAUUCCAUAUGCGCCGUGUCGCAUAUUCUGUUCGACGCGGCCUCUACUGGAUCGAACCCGAAUGACAAUCCACUGUGUGGACUAAAGAUAAGACUUCGUCGCGACGGGACGAGCGUGGAUGUCAAAGUGGUAGAUCGAUGUGUUGGGUGCAAGGAAACAGAUCUAGACGUGACAGAAUCAGUUUUUGAAAAGGUAGCUGCCAUUGAUCUUGGGAGGGUAACGAUGGAAUGGGCAUGGUUGGAGAACUCUCCCGUAAACGUUUCUCGUUUCUAG